AUGUUUCUAAAAACAAAAAAUUCCUGUAAUAAUCCACCAACAUGUGAAAACGGGGGUUUUCUGAAUCACAAUUGUGGAUGCUACUGCCCCUCUGGACUGAUAGGAUCUACGUGCAACACAGUACAAUCAAGCUCAGGUUGUGGAGGUAUAAUAACUUUGUCAUCUGGAGUGGAGCAAACCAUUACUUCACCAAAUUACCCCAACAAUUACGAUACUGGUGUUGACUGCGUAUGGUUGAUCAAGGCUCCCUCUAAUGAACAUGUGCAGCUUACAAUAGACUUCAUGGACAUAGCAGACAACGGAUUUGAUGCUUGUUAUCAUUGGUUAGAAAUCCGGUACAAUCUGUUAGGACAAAGUGGACCAGAAUUAUGUGGAAUACGUAACGCAGAAAAUUAUUAUACAACAUCUGAUGAGCUGAAGAACGAAAUGUUAAUCAAAUUUAAUAGUGCAGUAUCCAGUGACAGGGCACCGAAGAAAGGUUUUCAGCUGACAGUUAGGAGCAUUGGAGUGUACUUACUGCAUUUAGUUCAAAAGUGA